CCCACCCGCGUGCUCUUUGCUUCAACUUUGAGCCAUUUCUUUCCUUUCCUUUUCUCGAAUCCCAAAUUCUCAAUUCUCAAAUCUCAAGUCGAUCAAAUCGCAAUUCUCUCAAUUAUUAUUAUUUUUUGUUUGUUUGGGGGGUUUUGGUGGAAAUUGAAUUCAGAGAUCGAUCGAUCGAUCAUCGAUGGCAGAAGUUUUGAGCAAAACCAGUCUGUUGUCAUCCUGGCAUCAUCAUCAUCAAAACAAAAAAAGCAGCAUCUCCGUUUUCCCAAAGAGUUGUAAUUACAAUAAAUCAGGUUCUUUCUCUUGCUCUUUCAAACUGAAUCCGGACAUUUCAUCACUAUCCUUGUCCACAAAGAGUGAUUUUCACGGGAAAAGGAUUGCUUUUCAAGCCACCGGCAUCAGGGGGAAUUCCCAAUCCCACGCUUCUUCAGCCGUUUAUUCCCAGCAGCAGUCUGGAUUUCGGAUUGGGAAAGCUGCGAAAUGGUGGGAGAAGGGGAACCAGCCCAACAUGAAAGAGGUGUCAUCUGCAGAGGACCUAGUGGAAUCCCUUUCAAACGCCGGGGAUAAGCUGGUGAUCGUUGAUUUCUUCUCUCCUGGCUGUGGUGGCUGCAAAGCUCUUCAUCCCAAGAUAUGUCAGCUGGCAGAGAUGAACCCGGAUGUCCAAUUCCUUCAGGUGAACUACGAGGAACACAAGUCCAUGUGUUACAGUCUCAAUGUUCAUGUCCUCCCCUUCUUCCGCUUUUACCGAGGUGCUCAUGGUCGCCUUUGCAGCUUCAGCUGCACCAACGCCACGAUCAAGAAGUUUAGAGAUGCAUUAGCCAAGCACAAGCCAGAGCGGUGCAGCCUUGGGCCAACAAAAGGGCUGGAGGAGAAAGAGCUCCUCGCUCUUGCUGCCAACAAAGAUCUCUCAUUUACCUACACGCCUAAACCAACUGAAGAUGUGGCUGCCAAGGAGGAAGUGAUUGUGGCUGAAGAGGCACCAUCUCUUCUUCCUCUUCCGUCGGCAACCUCAAAGUCUGCUCAAGUGGUCACUGCCUGGAGAUGACGUGGUCAGUGUUCCUCACCAUCCCGAUUCCCUAAACCCACCCAUUUACUCUGCCCACCUUGUUGUAUUGUGUACAGUAGUGUUUCUUGUUGAUGCGAUAUGAUCAUAUAUGCAAGAGUAAGAGUGGAACAUAUAAGUAAUAGUCUUAAGGUUUCUAAGGUUCCCCUCCUCUCCCCUCCCCCCCCCCCCCCCCCCCCCCACAAAAAAAAAAAAGGGCGCGGAAUAGUCGAGCGUUGCAGGGCUUUGGAAUUGGUUUUUGGGAUCCAAACCUGCUUGCAAAAAUCAUAGUGUUGUAAAUUUGAAGAGAGCAGUCUGUCGGAAUGUUGGUCCGCUUUCCUGAUAUGCCGUCUGCAAAUGUGUAUGUACUUAAGAGCUGCUUCUUGGCCUUCUUGUUCUAUAUGUAGUACUGAGUCGGUGGGAAGAUUGAAGAUCCUUGAUACUCCUCUCCUCACCUGUUGUUUUUACUGGGGUGUGGUAUCAUCAUACAUAUAUAUAUAUGUACGUAUGUAUGCAAGUAUAAUAUAUGGGAUUUCAAGUUUGAAGUUUGAAUGCAAUGUUGAGUGCUGAUUUUCAA